UCAAAUGAACCGAUCUUGUAGAAACACUGGAAUCAUUUAUGCAUUGCAGUUUCUCUUUCUUGUUUUCACUCCUUCUUCCCUGGGAUAUUUUGAGUGGAUUCUGGCUAUUAAUCAAGAUCUGGUGCUAUUCUUGGUUUGCUUGUCGGUUUCGCUCGGGAUUAGCAUCAUUCAAGAUAAACGCAAAGCCGCUUCCACCCCAACCCACUCUUUUGAAAAAUCAUUUUUGGGGUCUGCUGAAGAGAGCUAGGACCCAGGAGACACCUUCCAAAACAGCAGGGGUUGUGUGCUUUCACAUAGCAGUACUGUACAAGGAAAACCCCGUCGGAUCUGUUAUUGCGGGAUACUUGUGAAAUAUACAUAGGAUUCUUUCUUAUGGCUGCAUCCCGGAUCUGGAAAUUUUACUUGGGGACUAGGAAGAUUUGAAAGGCUACAUGUAUCCUGAAGAUUUUCAAGCAAGACUCCGAUUCCUGUCAUAGAGCUAACAGACUUCCUCACUUAUCGUCCGUUUCCUUCCUUCUUAAAAAAAAAAAAAAAAAAGCAAACAAAUUAAAAAAAAUUUUUUUCUCCCUUUUUUUCUGAUCUCUCCUCCCUCAGCAUCUCCUUUUCUAUCUGCCGCUUCUUUUUUUCAUCCUAGUCUUUUUUUUUUUUUCCCUGCUCUGCACCUGGAUUGUAUCUUCACCAAACAAUCGGGCACUUUGAGAACUAACUGGAGACAGUCUUGUAGGGAAGAUCUGUAUGGAAUUAUCAGCUUUUAUGGUGAACUUGGCAUUUGUGAAUGGGUACCUUGUUCACGAUAUUAAUUGCUAGCAAAAACAAGAAAAAGAACACAGGAGUAAAACGUGGAUUUUUCUGAAUACGCAUUGUGAUGACCAGCAAUUACCUUACUGACUGAUAUCCAGAGGAGAAUAAUUUGGAAGACUGUUGUGGGAACAGCGUUUAAGAAGUGGAAGAUGAAAGCUCCAAUUCCACAUUUGAUUCUCUUAUAUGCUACUUUCACUCAGAGUUUGAAGGUUGUGACCAAAAGAGGUUCUGCCGAUGGAUGCACAGAUUGGUCUGUUGAUAUCAAGAAAUACCAAGUUUUGGUGGGAGAGCCUGUCCGAAUUAAAUGUGCACUCUUUUAUGGUUAUAUCAGAGCAAAUUACUCCCUUGCCCAAAGUGCUGGACUCAGCUUGAUGUGGUAUAAAAGCUCUGGUCCAGGAGAUUUUGAAGAGCCAAUAGCCUUUGAUGGAAGUAGAAUGAGCAAAGAAGAAGACUCCAUUUGGUUCAGACCAACAUUGCUACAGGACAGUGGUCUUUACGCCUGUGUCAUCAGGAACUCCACAUACUGUAUGAAAGUAUCCAUCUCACUGACUGUAGGAGAAAAUGACACUGGACUCUGCUACAAUUCCAAGAUGAAGUAUUUUGAAAAAGCUGAACUUAGCAAAAGCAAGGAAAUUUCAUGUCGUGACAUAGAGGACUUUUUACUACCAACCAGGGAGCCUGAAAUACUUUGGUAUAAGGAAUGUAGGACAAAAACAUGGAGGCCAAGCAUUGUAUUCAAAAGAGAUACCUUGCUUAUAAGAGAAGUCAGAGAAGAUGACAUUGGAAACUAUACCUGUGAAUUAAAAUAUGGAGGCUUUGUUGUGAGAAGAACCACGGAGUUAACUGUUACAGCUCCUCUGACUGAUAAGCCACCCAAGCUUCUAUACCCAGUGGAAAGUAAACUGACAAUUCAGGAGACUCAACUGGGUGAUUCAGCCAAUCUAACAUGCAGAGCUUUCUUUGGGUACAGUGGAGAUGUUAGUCCUUUAAUUUACUGGAUGAAAGGAGAAAAGUUUAUUGAAGAUCUGGAUGAAAAUCGAGUUUGGGAAAGUGACAUUAGAAUUCUUAAGGAACAUCUCGGAGAACAAGAAGUUUCUAUCUCAUUAAUUGUUGACUCUGUGGAAGAAGGUGACCUGGGGAAUUAUUCCUGUUAUGUUGAAAAUGGAAAUGGACGUCGACAUGCCAGUGUUCUCCUUCAUAAACGAGAGCUAAUGUACACCGUUGAACUUGCUGGAGGGCUUGGUGCUAUCCUCUUGCUGCUUGUGUGUUUGGUGACCAUCUACAAAUGUUACAAGAUAGAAAUCAUGCUCUUCUACAGGAAUCAUUUUGGAGCUGAGGAGUUGGAUGGAGACAAUAAAGAUUAUGAUGCCUACCUGUCAUACACCAAAGUGGAUCCUGACCAGUGGAAUCAAGAGACUGGGGAAGAAGAACGUUUUGCCCUUGAAAUCCUACCUGAUAUGCUUGAAAAGCAUUAUGGAUAUAAGUUGUUUAUACCAGAUAGAGAUUUGAUCCCAACUGGAACAUACAUUGAAGAUGUAGCAAGAUGUGUAGAUCAAAGCAAGCGGCUGAUCAUUGUCAUGACCCCAAAUUAUGUAGUUCGAAGGGGCUGGAGCAUCUUUGAGCUGGAGACCAGACUUCGAAACAUGCUUGUGACUGGAGAAAUCAAAGUGAUACUGAUUGAAUGCAGUGAACUCCGAGGCAUUAUGAACUACCAGGAGGUGGAAGCCCUCAAGCACACCAUUAAGCUCCUGACGGUUAUUAAAUGGCAUGGACCAAAAUGCAACAAAUUGAACUCUAAGUUCUGGAAACGUUUACAGUACGAAAUGCCUUUUAAGAGGAUAGAACCCAUUACACAUGAGCAGGCUUUAGAUGUCAGUGAGCAGGGGCCUUUCGGGGAGCUGCAGACUGUCUCGGCCAUUUCUAUGGCUGCGGCCACCUCCACAGCUCUAGCCACUGCCCAUCCAGAUCUCCGUUCUACUUUUCACAACACGUACCAUUCACAAAUGCGUCAGAAACACUACUACCGAAGCUAUGAGUACGACGUACCUCCUACUGGCACCCUGCCACUUACCUCCAUAGGAAAUCAGCAUACCUACUGUAACAUCCCUAUGACACUCAUCAAUGGGCAGCGGCCACAGACAAAGCCCAGCAGGGAGCAGAAUCCAGAUGAGGCUCACACAAACAGUGCCAUCCUGCCAUUGUUGCCAAGGGAGACCAGUAUAUCCAGUGUGAUUUGGUGACAGAAAAGCAAGAGACAUCCUGUCCCUGGGAGUUUGAAAGGAAUCUGCAGUUCAGUGCCUGGAACUAAAUCCUCGACUGCUGCUGUUAAAAACAUGCAUUACAAUCUCUAGAACACGAGGAAAAACAGGGUCUUGUACAUAUGUUUUUUGGAAUUUCUUUGUAGCAUCAGUGUCUUCCUGUUUUACCGUGUCUUCUUACCAUUGCAUUUUUUGACUUUGUUUAAUAUGCCAUUGAAUUUGUAAAUUUACAUUUUUUUUUAAAGAAGAGACUGAUGUAUAGAUAGAAACCCCCUUUUUUUGGCUUCACAAAUUUAGUUUUAGAAUGGGUUUUUAAUUUCCUUUUUAAAAAUUUUAUUUUGCUUUUAACAUUUCCUUGGGGUGCUUGGACAAAUCUAUCUGAUGGGACAAGGAGCACCGAAUCCUCUCUCAGGUUCUGCCUAGGAUCAGCUGGGCCAUGUGGGCCUUCAGAGAGUAGUGCAACUGAAUGUCAGCAUUGCCAAUUGUGAACAAAAGAGAGAGAGAGAGAGAGAGAGAGAAAGAGAGAAGAACAUUUGUUCAUAGGAGGGCACUGCGAGUCAGAGCCCUGAAAUCUCUUCCUUGUCCCACCUCACUCCCCACCUCUACCCUUCUAAUGGCAGCAUGAUGUAUAAACUCUGCAGCGGGUAAGGGUAGGCCUAACUGUCUUAACAUGUAAUUUACUGCUCUUCAGAAUACACUCUAGACCCAAAGGUGUGCUUGUCACUUAACAGUGACCACUACAGAGUACUAAGAAGAGAAGAUCAAGGGCAUGAAAAUGGGGAGAGUGUUGUUUCCGUUUUUUUUAAAUGAGUUGAUGUACCCUUAUAUAUAUAUAAAUAUAAAUAUAUAAAACAGCAAAACAAAACAAAACAAAACAAAAAAAAGACAAAACCAAAAAAAAAAAGAAAAAAAAAUUAAGCCCUAUAUUUGAUCACUUCCUGGAAAGGCAUGAAUGUGUUUGUGACUGUUUUUGUUUAGUAAUCUACUUCCUCUUUUCCCUCUAUAAUUUUUCUGCAAAUGAGAUUAUGUGCAAAUACCAGGCAAGUUAACUCAAAAGGGUGAAUCAAUGCAAGUAAAAAUGAAAUUUACAUUGAAGGCUUCCAAACCAAAGGGAAGAACAGGAUGUGUCAUGAAAUAUGUUUGUCACCUUGUAUUAUACAAAAUGUUAUUUUCUAAAGAGUCAAAAAAAAAUCUGUGAAACUUAUUGUGGGGUCCCCUUGUACUUAAAUGUUAACUCUCUUGUAUUUGCUUUUCAUGGCUACAUUCAGAACUUAAGUGGUUUCAGUUUAUGAACA